CACGGGAAGCCUUUAGUAACCGAGCGGGACUGAGUUCGGUCUGAAUCCGGAGUGCGGCCGAAGAGCGUUCAGACUCGAUUAUCGCGAGCGCUUCGUAAACAGACGAGGAGCGCCGUUUAAAGUUCACGCGUUAUGUGAGGUGCGUCAUGGCUCUCUCAGGCCUGACACCGGACGAGCUGGAGGACGAGUUCACCUGCGCAGGUGUGCUGAGAGGGGCCCUGCUGGCGCUGCAGCCCACUGUCGAGCGGGUCUUCGGGGCCAAGCUGAGCAUCGGAGAAGAGCGCGCUCCGUCUGCACAGAGCGGACAGAUCUGGCUCCAGCUGCGGGGGACUGCCGGAGACGUGCGGGCAGCGAAGCUUUUUGUGAAAGGCGUCGUCAAUCAGGAAGCUCAGCAAGAGAUCCAGUUUCCCGAGGUGCUUCGCUGCAUCUUCUGCGGCGCUAAAGGACUGUUUAUGGAUUGCCUGGUUAAAAAUACCUCUGCUCAUGUAGUGAUGGGAUCUCAAGGCAUCGUCUUCAUAACCGGGCUGGCAGAACCGGUGGUGAAAGCCUAUUCCCUUAUUACAGACCUGGUGGAGAAGUACAAGAGCAGCCAGGGACGGCGCUCCGAGGCUGGACUCGAAUCCUUGGAGUCGCGUCGGGCCUUCAAAGCCAUCGUGGAGAGUCUGGAGGACCGCCACACCCUGGACCUGCUGGUGUUACCUGUGCUGGUCAAAGAGGUCCUGCUGGAUUUGGUGAAGCAGUCCGGAUUGGACUCGCAUGCAAAGUGGGCUCGAGAAGGUCCGAAGUCGUUUGAAGGCAACGGAGCACGGGCGAUGCAAAGAACUGAUGACGAAAUUGCUUUUGGUGGCUCUCGAGGAUCUAAUCAUAACUCGGAGAGCUCGCAUUCCCAGCAGCCUUGUCUUUUCCCGCAAUCCUCCCACAGAAUUAACGGCACAGAUGAUCAGUCCUACAAUCCGUUUUCCCGAGGUUUCAGACUUGACCCAACACAAUUUGAGAUCCCAGAGUCUCCAGAACCAGGUUUGCCGCAAGAAACCAAAUCCGAGAUACCACCGCAGGACCCUGUCCUGUUGUCCGCGGGGAGCAGGGAAGAUUUUGACCACCUUCUCAAGUUCUUCACCGCCAUGGGAUUUACCGAGGAUGUAGUGCAAGUCGUUCUUACCAGAACCGGCCCCAAAGAAGCCUCGCAGCUUCUGGAUCUGAUCCAGCAGGAGCAGGACAAAUCCAGCCGGCGAAACCGCAGCAGCGAGCCCCAAAAUGAGGCAGGAAUUGGUGGAGAGAUGCACGAGGCUCUUCAGAUACUGGAGGCCAGUUCAGGAAAAGAGGAAGACUUUGUUUUGGACGUGUUGAAGAAGGCGGCGGCCACUUGCGGCUACGCCGAAGAGAGAGUGAUGGAGCUGUAUAGCAAUCUACCUGAGCUCCAGCCACAUGAGCUCCUUAUGCAGCUGCAGAAACAGACGAGAGACAGUGGCAAAAAAGCUGAUCAAAGGAAUGGCCCAAAUUCAGUGGCAGAUCUCAACACUGGGAGCGGAAAGGCUGAAAUGAGGACCCCGAAACUAGAUGCAUCCAAACCGGUGAACAUUAACGGCAAGCCUCCAUCGGUGAGAGGCCCACCGCAGACAACAUACACUUGUGAAACCUUGGACUCUGAAGCACAACCAGUGAUUUCUCCCGUCCGAUCGCCUCCGCGGACUAGCGCUCAGAAUCUAGAUUUUAGCUCACCAGACAUGUCCAACCAGUCCACUACGGGCAGACCUAACCACGGCAGACCCGGUGCUUCUUCUGUGGUCACAGGACCUCAGCGGUUCCUCGAGAGCCUCAAGACGCCCUUCAAACUGCAGCUGUCGGACGAGCCUGGUGACCCCAUGCUGCGUCAGAUCAUCAUCGACGGGAGCAACGUUGCAAUGAGUCAUGGUUUGGGGGUGUUCUUCUCCUGUCGAGGCAUCGCUCUGGCCGUGCAGCACUUUUGGACAAGAGGUCACCGUGAAAUCACCGUGUUCGUCCCUCAGUGGAGGCAGAAGAACAACUCAAAGGUUAAAGAAAGGCAAUACAUGAACGAACUCUUUGAUCUGGGUUUCCUCAAAUACACUCCAUCCAGAGAGGUCGAGGGCAAGAGAAUCAACUCGUAUGAUGACCGGUUCAUGCUGGAUCUGGCGCAGAAGACGAAUGGAGUGAUUGUGACCAAUGACAACCUGAGAGAUCUGGUGGACGAGUCGCACGCGUGGAGAGACAUCAUAAAGAAAAGUUUGCUUCAGUACGUGUUUGCUGGCGAUCUGUUCAUGUUACCCGACGAUCCUUUGGGCCGCGGUGGACCUCACCUGAGAGACUUCUUACAUAAACACAACAGCUCUCGCCCGGUUCCCGGCAGUCAUUCGUUCGCCGGCGUGUCUGCGUCCGUCCCGGCUCCGUCCGCCGCUCCGCGCGCUCACACCGAGGUGCUGCAGUACCGAGACUGGACCAGGGGUCAGGGGUCAGCCAGGGGUCAGGAGGUCAGGGAGAGGACGGCCGAGGAGACGCUGAAGCUGCGGCAGACUUUACUGCAGAUCUUCCCCGACCAGGAGAGCGUGAUUAUCAUGAUCCUGCAGUGCCACCCGAGCGUCAGGAACAUCAACCAGCUCACAGAGCUCCUCCUGGAGCAGCAGGAGUAGAACAGCUUCUUCUAACGCGUUCAUGUGCUCCACUAGUGUGCACCACGAAUAUACGGCGGCGGAGAGCCUCUGCAACUUCAGAAAACGGGAGCCAAUUAAGGAAACAUCUUCAUCAGUGUGACGACACAAACACAAACCACAGAGACUCUACGGUCCUCACUAAAACUAACCAUGGUUUUAUUACGGUGAAAGUACUAACAUGUAUCGAUGAGAACAAAUCUGCACUAAAACUAAAACUAUACCCAACCUUGAACGUUUAUGAUCCUCUUUAAAUGUCGACUACUGUAUGUGUGUGUGUAUAUAUAUAUAUAUAUAUAUAUAUAUAUAUAUAUAUAUAUAUAUAUAUAUAUAUAUAUAUACUUUUACAGUACAGUAAGUAUGUAGUAUUUCACCAGCAUACAGUAUUUAGUCCAAUAAUAUAUAUUUUAUGAUCAGGAUGUGUAGUGUGGAUGUUGUUCAUGUUUGUGUUGUGUGUAUGGAGAUGAAGAACACACUGAUGGAGAUGUUUUCUUAUUUUGCUGGUGUUUUCUCUCUCUGUUGCAUUCAUUUAAACUUUUAAUUUUUAAUUUUUUUUAACUACAGUUGCGCUGAGUUUUUAAUUUGAAAGGUUAACACUUGAUGUUUUGUCGAUACUAUUUAUUUCCGCCUGCUCAUCUCUUAAUGUAAGGAUGAUGAAAAGAUGACGGGGGUCAGAGAGCAAAUUAAAACGAAGUGCGUUAGGUUUUCGUGUUUUUCUUUCAGAGACGAUGAUGGAUGUAAAUGAGCGACGUUGCUAUAACCUGUAAUGUUUACAUUGUUAAUUUUUAUACAGAUGUUUAUGAAUAUGUUCUGUCUCUAUUAAACAGCUGCAUAACUCA